GCAGUGACCUAUGAUUGUGCCAUUGCACUCCAGCUUGGGCAAUAGAGUGAGACCCUCAUCUCAAAAACAGAAACGAAAAAAGAAAACAAAUUGGAGCUUAUAGAAUUUAGGUGAAUUAUCCCAUCUGGGAUCAAACAGAAAAGUCUUCACAGUUUUUAGUGACAUCUCUGUUUUCUGCAUGUAACAUCCCAGAACUUUUCACAGCAGGCAGCAGGGUCAAGUACUUGGGCUCUAAUAGAGUGUAAAUAAAAAUCUUAAAAAAAAAAAAAAAAAAAAAGAACGAAAAAAAGAAAAAACUUUAUUUUAGACUUAGAGAAAAAUUGCAAAAAUAGUACAGAGAGCUUCCAUCUUUCACUCAGCUUCCCCUAAUGUUAGCAUCUUUCACAGCCAUAGUACAGUUGUUGGAACGAGGGAAUUAACAUUGGUAGGGUACUAGUAAACUAAAGACCUUAUGCAACUUUCACCAGUUUUUACAUUCGUGUCCUUUUCUAUUCCAGGAUCCUAUCUAGGAUCCCAUUCAGGACCCCACAUUGCAUUUGGUGGUUGUCAUUUUCCCUUAGUCUCCAGCAGCCUAAAACACUUCCUCAGUCUUUCUUGUCUUGUCUGCCUUGUCUUUCGUGACACUUUUGACACUUUUGAAGAGUAGUGAUCAGUAAUUUUGUCAAAUGCCCCUCACUUUGGGUUUGCCUUAUGAUUGUGAUUGAACCACACUUUUGGCAAAAGAAUAUCACAAAAAUGUUGUGUCCCGCUUAGCACAUCAUAUCCAUGCUUCAUGAUACAGAUAGAUAUUGAUGUCUUAUUACUGGUGGUGUUGACCUUGGUCAUUUGGUUAAGGUGGUUUCUGCCUGGCUUCUCUACUUCAAAAUUACUAUUUUUCCCUUUGUAGUUAAUACAUAUCUUGGGGGAGACACUUUGGAAUUGUAAAAAUUCUAAUCCUCCUUGAACUUUUACCCACCAAUUUUAGCGUUCAUUGGUAGAUCUUGUCUGCAGCAAUUAUUAUAGUGGUGUUUGUCUAGUGGUGAUUUCCUAUUUUUCUCUUUCCUUCUACAUUUAUUAAGAUUUCUUUUUCUUUGAGAUGGAGUCUUGCUGUGUUGCCUCAAACUCCUGAGCUUAGGUAAUCCUCCCACCUCAGCCUCCCUGAGUAGCUGAGAUUACAGGUGCACGCCACCAUGCUCGGCAUCCUUCUAUAUCUAUUUAUUGGAAUUCAACUGCAAGGAAGAAUGGUCCUUUCAUUCCUACUUACUAACAUUGGUUAUUUGUAUCAGCAUGAACUUAAUAGUGAAUUUUAUUCUUUGGGCUACAAUCCCAUACUAUCAUUAUUCAUUUUGUUGUUCGAAUGAUUUCAGUUAUAGCAAGCCAUAAUUUGUUUAGUCUGUUCUACUUGCUGUUUUCUUUUCUUUCAGUGUGAUAUUCGAAAAGGGAUCCAAAAAGUCAACAGGUUCCUGACUCCUGCAGUUAAACAGAACUACAUCUCUUAAUUUAAAGGUCUCCAGAGGAGAACCCACCACUUCCUUUGCCACCUUGAUGUUGCUCAGAAAUGUUUAUUCCACUCCUGGUAGAGUCAAACAAUUUUUGAGAGAGCAUAUCAUGGCGUACUGUCAUUUAAACAUACCUGGGAUGAACUUGGUACAAACCAGGACUUCCUAGGCCUGCUUUUUGCGUGGUUCACUUUGUUUUAUACAGUCCUGUUGUGGGAAGCGCAGCCUUCAGUAUCCUCACUAACAAUCUCUAGUGAGUCUUAAAACUUACGCAGUCUCUUGAGUAAGAACUCUUGAAUACUAAUUCUGGCGUUACUUGUUUUCAGGUUUCUUGACUUUGCACCCAGCAGACCAAAGGAUGAUGGCACCGUGAGGUAGAUGCAAGGCUAGUCACGCCUGUUUUGUGUGGAACCCCAGACAGGAAGUUGUGAGGGACCGUCACCAACAUUUAUCUACCAGUGGUGCUCAAGCCUUUUGUUGUUGUUGUUUAACUUCUGUCAACCUAAGCAGGACAAAAAACCUACAAUAGCCAUUCCCACUUUAUAGGGGAAAAAGAAAUUGGGGAUAACAAAGAUUUGGAGAGGAAUAAAAUAGGAGUCAACAUGUGGUGACAUGGCAGCAGUUACGUAAAAACAAAAGAGUUGGUAAGGAAAGCCAACAUUCCUUAAUACAAGAGCAGCAACUUACAGCCAACUCAGGAUAAGCCUGAUGAUGUCCUUAUCACUGACAGUCUUUCCUGGAAACUGGAAAUUGCAACCGUUUCCAUAUAUGAGGACACAGAAGGGGCUGUGCAACAUUGCCAAAGGCUGAAUAGUAUCUGAGAAAACACCAGUUAUCUGGUAAGUUUAGAUUACAAAUGCCAAAGUUUAUAAUGCAUAGUAGGCCAUUAGUAAGUACCACCCAAGGAUGAGUAAAAAUGGAAGUCAAGAGCACUGCUUUGAAGAUGGUCUUUUUUUAUGUGAGUUUGCAGGCUGUCUCAGGACCCUUUUGGUUUAUGGCUUUAGACGGCUCAAUCUAACAGAUGAAAGCUUGAAAGGGGAGAGGAACAGGGGCAGCUGAAACAUAAGAAUAAUUUCCAAGAAGCUUCUGGGCCACCCUCCAGGUGUUGCCAUGCAGUGUUUUCCUGCCCCUGCCCCAUGCCCUUAAGUUAGAUGAGGGAUGUAGGAAAUGGAAACUACCUUAGACUCUUCGAUUCAUCUUUCUUUCCACACCUCUCUGUCAUCUCAAGAUGUCUGUCACCUCACUCAUUGCCCCAUCCCCUCCCUCACUCAUUCUCACAGUCUGGCCAGAGCCCAGCUUAGCUCAGGGGUUUCUCAGUCCUGUCUCCUUCAAAAGACUUCGCUGCUCACUGUGAAUAAUCCCUUAAGGAUGAAUAAGAGCUACCAUUUAUAGUGAGUCACCAUCUCCUGAAAUCUCAAGCUGGACAGUCACCUAUGUAGGACUCAGACCCCACACUCUCCGGUGUCAAAGUCUAAGCAGGUUUCCCCUGCAUGCACUGUGCUUCGGCACAUGGCCGAGGUGGGACUCUGCCCUGUCCUAGACUCCAGGCUGAAUGAACUGCUCUCACAGCCGCCUCUGUGGGCUGUUCCUGCAGAAAAACAAAGCUCCCUGGAUGACCUCUGCCUCGUGCUCACUGCCAGCUCCUUCACUUAUGACAGCUUUAGGGCUUUGCUUUAUUUUAAACUUUGGCACUUCCUUUUCUCUAUUGAUUUAAAAAAUAUUUUAAAAUUAUAGCGUAUUAUUUAAAAAUCCAAACAAUAUUGGUAAAGUGGGGAAAAAAACUCCCUUACUGCCAUCUCCUGAUUUCAGUUCCACUCUACAAAAGUAACUACUAUUAACUAUUUAGUGAAAAAUUUUUCAGACUUCUGUGUGUAUAAAUGUCUGUGUAUGUUCGGGAAGUUUUUCUGACAUCUUGGAGUUCUGUAUCUAUGUAUCUUUGUUCUAAAUCAUCGUCCAUUCCACAUUGCAAGCUGCAAAACGGUAAGAUAAAUGCAUUUUUAAAUUAAUCUACACAGCACCCGACCAAAGGAACACCUAUUCUUGAUGGAUUCAAGUGCUUUGUAGGAGCACUUGUGUUGGAGACAGAGGUGGGAGGCAGGAUCCCUCCAGAGAGACCCUGAGCUCACCAGGUGGGAAGCGCACAUGAGCUCCGGGGAAGAGACCAUGCUUCAUAAGCUCACCAGCAACUGGCCCGACCUGCCAGGGUGUGCACACUCCCCAGACGGCGGAAUCACUCGUGCAGGUUGGCCACCCGAGGCAGGGGAGGGGAGAAAAGUGGAGGGGGAGGCACAAGGGUGGAAUGUGGGCUGGGCCAAGUUUAGAAUUACGGAACCACACUUUAAAUAGCCGGCACCUUCCCCUUCCCCCUUAGAUCAUUCUCCCCGACUGGACCUCUGGCGGCAACUUCACUAAGGUGGGAUGGAUAGCAGGGCCUCAGGCACAGCCAGUAAUGGAGAGACAAAGCCAGUGUAUCCAGUCAUGGAAAAGAAGGAGGAAGAUGGCACCCUGGAGCGGGGGCACUGGAACAACAAGAUGGAGUUUGUGCUGUCAGUGGCCGGGGAGAUCAUUGGGCUGGGCAACGUCUGGAGGUUUCCCUAUCUCUGCUACAAAAAUGGGGGAGGUGCCUUCUUCAUCCCCUACCUCGUCUUCCUCUUUACCUGUGGCAUUCCUGUCUUCCUUCUGGAGACAGCGCUAGGCCAGUACACUAGCCAGGGAGGCGUCACAGCCUGGAGGAAGAUCUGCCCCAUCUUUGAGGGCAUUGGCUACGCCUCCCAGAUGAUCGUCAUCCUCCUCAACGUCUACUACAUCAUUGUGUUGGCCUGGGCCCUUUUCUACCUCUUCAGCAGCUUCACCAUCGACCUGCCCUGGGGCGGCUGCCACCACGAGUGGAACACAGAACACUGUGUGGAGUUCCAGAAGACCAACGGCUCCCUGAAUGGUACCUCUGAGAAUGCCACCUCUCCUGUCAUCGAGUUCUGGGAGCGGCGGGUCUUGAAGAUCUCUGAUGGGAUCCAGCACCUGGGGGCCCUGCGCUGGGAGCUGGCUCUGUGCCUCCUGCUGGCCUGGGUCAUCUGCUACUUCUGCAUCUGGAAGGGGGUCAAGUCCACAGGCAAGGUGGUGUACUUCACGGCCACAUUUCCUUACCUCAUGCUGGUGGUCUUGUUAAUUCGAGGGGUGACGUUGCCUGGGGCAGCCCAAGGAAUUCAGUUUUACCUGUACCCAAACCUCACGCGUCUGUGGGAUCCCCAGGUGUGGAUGGAUGCGGGCACCCAGAUCUUCUUCUCCUUCGCCAUCUGUCUUGGGUGCCUGACAGCCCUGGGCAGCUACAACAAGUACCACAACAACUGCUACAGGGACUGCCUCGCCCUCUGCUUCCUCAACAGCGGCACCAGCUUUGUGGCCGGCUUCGCCAUCUUCUCCAUCCUGGGCUUCAUGUCCCAGGAGCAGGGGGUGCCCAUUUCUGAGGUGGCCGAGUCAGGCCCUGGCCUGGCUUUCAUCGCUUACCCGCGGGCUGUGGUGAUGCUGCCCUUCUCUCCUCUCUGGGCCUGCUGCUUCUUCUUCAUGGUCGUUCUCCUGGGACUGGAUAGUCAGUUUGUGUGUGUAGAAAGCCUGGUGACAGCGCUGGUGGACAUGUACCCUUGCGUGUUCCGCAAGAAGAACCGGAGGGAAGUCCUCAUCCUUGGAGUAUCUGUCGUCUCCUUCCUUGUAGGGCUGGUCAUGCUCACGGAGGGCGGAAUGUACGUGUUCCAGCUCUUCGACUACUACGCAGCCAGUGGCAUGUGUCUCCUGUUCGUGGCUAUCUUUGAGUCCCUCUGUGUGGCUUGGGUUUACGGAGCCAGACGUUUCUACAACAACAUCGAAGACAUGAUUGGGUACAGGCCGUGGCCUCUUAUCAAAUACUGUUGGCUGUUCCUCACGCCAGCUGUGUGCACAGCCACCUUCCUCUUCUCCCUGAUCAAGUACACUCCGCUGACCUACAACAAGAAAUACACGUACCCGUGGUGGGGCGAUGCCCUGGGCUGGCUCCUGGCUCUCUCCUCCAUGGUCUGCAUUCCUGCCUGGAGCCUCUACAGACUUGGCACCCUCAAGGGCCCCUUCAGAGAGAGAAUCCGUCAGCUCAUGUGCCCAGCCGAGGACCUGCCCCAGCGGAACCCAGCAGGACCCUCGGCUCCCGCCACCCCCAGGACCUCGCUGCUCAGACUCACAGAGCUAGAGUCUCACUGUUAGGGGCAGGCCCUGGGAUGCUGCCUGUGAGCCUGGCCGUGGGGAUGGCUGCAGAGGGGACAGGGCAGAAGCAGCCGCAUGUGCUUCCCUGCCCCCCACCUGGAGUGGAUAAGACAAAAGGGGUGUUUUGGAAUCCACCUGCCGAGCUGGAGGCCUCCCACGCCAACUUUUCAGCUCGGGAGUUGCUGAACAGAUGUGCAAGGCCAGUGCCAAGAGUGCCCCUCUGAGACCCUUGGGAAGCUGGGUGGGGGCUGGUGGGUGGGGCGAGACUGUUGCUGGCUUCGGGCCCUCUCACCCUUCAUUCCAUUAAAUCCACAUUCUUCCCGCUGA